UUUGGGUAAGUGGCGAUUUAUCUUUGUUAGAUGUCUUAACGAUGGAAGCAAAGGAACGAGCACAUGAUGCAAAUGAUAUGUUCUCAAUAACCACCUUUUUACGUUACGUCGCCCAAUUCUAUUUCCGAUACUUUACACGAGAAAGUCCAGUGCCUGGUCCAAUACCAAUACCAAUAUUCGGUAACAUUCUUCAGAUGAGAAGUGAUCCCACGAUAUAUGCAAAUAAAAUGCAAAAAAAAUAUGGGGAUAUGUGGGAAAUUUCUAUGGGUUCUGAAAGAUAUGUUUAUCUUGGUCGAGUUGAUUUGAUUGAAAAGAUGAUGAGCUCAUCUUCAAAAACUAAUUUUUUCCAAAAG